AUGGAUGGACACAACUUAGCAGGUCAAAGAGAGAAUAAUGCUGUGGCUCAAGUGAUCAUAUCGUUCCUCAAGUAUGAGGAAUAUGCCUUAAAGGAAGUCUACAGUUUAAGAGUAAAAAAAUGGGAAUCAAUUUCGGAGCGCCAGAAAGGAAUGAUCCCAAAUUAUACAGAAUAUUUAGCAAAUCUGAAAACCUCUAUUCAAGAAAAUGCCAAGUUUUUUAAAAGCGUAGCUGAGUAUGCCAUGCAAUCAAUAAAAAUCGAGCCAGAAGAAAUAGUACGGCCCAGCGAUAUGGAUAUGAGUAAAACCUGCUCAUUACUGACACAAGUGUAUAGAGAAUGGUCUGCUGAGGCUAUUUCCGAGCGUUGUUGCUCACAUUCAAGACUCAUACAGUUUUUAAGGACGGUGGAGCCAUCCAAAACCGACAUUUUGAUACCGGGUUGCGGUACAGGACGGCUUCUUGUGGACCUCAGUCAAUUGGGGUACAAUUGUGAGGGCAAUGAAUAUUCAUAUCACAUGUUGCUUGUGUCCCAAUACUUUUUAAAUGCGGGGCUAACCCAAAAUCAAGCCAUCAUCUAUCCCUUCAUACAUUGUUUUUCUCACUGGAAGGGAAACGAAGAUCAAUUGACUCCCAUUAAGAUUCCUGAUAUUGAGGCAGACUCUUUAAAAAAGGGUAUGGGGUCUAUGUCCAUAUGCGCAGGCUCCUUUGUCGAUUGCUAUGGUCGAAAUCAAGGUACAAAGAUCUCGUCGCAUUAUACUUUUUCAAAAAGAAUGCAAAUGAGUAGAGCGAAGGCAGAAAACUCAAAAGAUGUUGUAAUAACACAAUUUUUUAUAGAUACAGGGCCCAAUAUCUUGGAUUACUUGGAUACGAUAGUACACGUUUUAAAACCGGGUGGAAUCUGGUGCAAUUUCGGUCCAUUACUUUACCACUUCGAAAGUGACCAUGGUGUUGAAACUACUUACGAGGUAAACCCAUACUCCGGAUUCCAAGACAAGAUCAAUGAUUCAACACCUUUAAUGGGUUUAGAGUUAUCUAGCGACGCUAUCAUAAGCAUUGCUACCAAUCGUCUAAAUUUUAAGUUGAUACAACGAGAAUCCGGAAUACUUUCCGGGUAUGGCCGUUACACAGGUCCAGAAAGCUGCGCCAUGCCUGGAUACAUGUGCCAUUUUUGGGUCUUGAAAUGGACCCCCAGUGGUGAACUGUAA